AUGGCCUGGUUCCCUGGACCUUUCCUCUGCUGGGCUCUGCUGGGCUUCGUCUACACAAGUGCCCCGGGGCUGGCAGUGGAGGUGAAGGUGCCCGCUGAGCCGCUGAGUGCGCCCGUGGGCAACACGGCUGAGCUAACUUGCAGUUACAGCACUUCGGUGGGAGACAACUUCGCCCUGGAGUGGAGCUUUGUGCAGCCUGGGAAACCCAUUUCUACCUCUCAUCCUAUCCUGUACUUCACCAAUGGUCAUCUGUAUCCAAUUGGUUCUAUGGCAAAGCGGGCCAGUCUUCUUCAGAGCCCCCCCACAAGAGGAGUGGCCACCCUGAGACUGAGUGAUGUCCACCCCUCAGAUACUGGAACCUACCUCUGCCAAGUUAACAACCCACCAGAUUUUUACACCAAUGGGCUGGGGUUAAUCAACUUUACUGUGCUGGUGCCCCCCAGUAGCCCCUUGUGCACUCAGAGUGGUCAAACCUCUGUGGGAGGCUCUGCUGCACUGAGAUGUAGCUCUUCCAAGGGAGCGCCCAGGCCAGUAUACAACUGGGUUCAUCUUGGAUCUUCUCCUACACCUUCUCCUGGGAGCAUGGUGCAAGAUGAAGUAUCUGGACAACUCAUUCUUACCAAUCUCUCCUUGACCUCCUCCGGUACCUAUCGUUGUGUGGCCACCAAUCAGCUAGGCAGUGCAUCCUGUGAGCUGACCCUCUCUGUGACUGAUCCCUCCAAAGGCCGAGUGGCUGGGGCCUUAAUCGGGAUACUCCUAGGUGUACUGCUCCUGUCAGUUGCUGCAUUUUGCCUGGUCAGACUCCAGAAGGAGAGGAGGAAGAGACCCAAGGAGACAUAUGGGGGUAGUGAACUUCGGGAGGAUGCCAUCGCUCCUGGGAUUUCUGAGCAGACUUCUGUGAGGGACGAUUCUAGCAAUGGGCUCCUGGAAACGCCCUCCUCUGCCAGCACUGUGACAACCACCAAGUCCAAGUUCCCUAUGGUUGUCUGACUUCCCUCCUGAUCCCUAGAGAAUGAGGGGAAAUGCCAAUAAUUAAAGCCUUUGGAUACC